AGGGAUUAUAGUUCGCGUUAAAAAAACAAAAAAAACCUCCGAGAUGUUACCAAAAUAUCAUUUUUUUUUUAUUUCAUGACGUCAGAUUCAUUCCCACAAUGCAUAGUAACACGCACGCGCAAUGUACAAAAUGUUUUUUUUUUUUUUUUUUGUACAGCAAUCCUCGAUCAGAGAUGGCGGGCGCCUCAGACCCCCUGGAAGAUAUGCUCUUUUCAGAGGUGGACGAGAAAGCAGUGAGCGAUUUGGUGGGAUCUCUGGAGUCACAACUAGCCGACAGCCAAGCCGACACAGAGGGACACACACUUCUGGAGAACAGAGGCAACGGCUCAGCUGGCAACACGAACCAUCACUUGGGGAAAACGUUACCAGCUCGAGUGGGCACCACAACACUAGAACAACAACAACAACAACAACAAGGAGGGCGACAUAAAGCUGGCGUGCACCCGGGGACCCACUGUAAAGGCAUCAGCUCGGAGAAACCCGUCCGAGCAUCCCCACCGAGCUCUCCGCCACCGCUGGACGAGGCUUCUGUCACUGUUGUCGCCGACCAGAAAGCAAACGCCAGCAGCGGCUCGCCUCCCCGUGAUACAUCAAUCACAACAUCGAACGCCUCCGCUCUGUCAACUUUGGCACCGUCUCGAAUCAGCAUCAGCACCGCGGCUCCGGGUCCCAUGGUAACCGCUUUAUCUCCGAGUGGUGGCACGAGACCCACUAAUCCUCCGAGGAAACGCGCCACCGUCGCGUCAAAGAGGAGCGCGUCCGCUCGGAUCAAGAGUUUAACCGGAGGAGCGGUGUCAACGCGGCGGACUAGCGCUGGUGCCUCGGCGUCCGACCUCGCUAGCCCUGCAGCCGGGUGUACAAGUGCAGCAAACCCUAUUCUGAGAGCAGGGACAGCAUCAUGUAGUAGAACCCCCGCGACUGUUACCUUGUCUAACGCCAGCAGCGUGCCAGCAGCAGGUCAGUCGUGUGGUGCUCUCGAUCGGGGCACGCCUACCAUAGCGCUGCACAGACUUCCCAAUCAUAUCGUGGCAAGCAUAGCCCAGAAUGGCAACGGCACCACGGUGUCUGCUCUUGUCCAGCAAGGGGCGCGUUUAGGACCCAUCACCUCCCCCGGUGUACAGCUCAACCACAACGCAGCGUUGACGCUUAACACUUCGGUUUCCAAAACAGACGAGUCUCACCAUAAAACCGCCAUGGCGAGUCAAUCAUGCAACACGAGUUCUGUAAUAAGCACCUGUUCUUCUUCUGUUGUGUUAACAACAGCAGCCACGUUAAGUUCCCUCACCACCGCGGCUGGCUGUGCCGCCGGCGUGGCGACGACUCUGAGUGGGAGCGGGCAAACGACAGCACCAAACAUGCACACGAACACGGUCAGACUGGCAGCUCCCUCGGCUGCACCCGUUGGUGCCACCCCUGCUGCACAGUGUCAGCCCCGUCCCGGGCUGACUGCACCUCCUCAAAGGAUUGUAGCUCCACAACAGUUGAUUGUCAGGGCGCCUCAACCGCAGACGACCAUCCAGCUGCCCUCUGGCUUUACCAUUCCUCAGGGGAUGGUCUUGGUGCGGACGGAGCUGGGACAACUUGUGAUGGUCCCUCAGCAAGCGCUAGCACAAGCCCAGGCUCAGAACAACCUCUCCCCGCGACCCUCCACGCCUACAACCGGGCCCUCCUUCAGAGCCCCCGGCCCUCAGAAGGGCCCCGUGGCCCCCGCCGUGGCAGUGACGGCUCCCCAGCAGGCCCCCGCAUCGGGGGCCCCCCAGGCCCGGGCCGCGGCCCCGGCCUCGCGACCGGCUCAGCCCCCGCAGACGGCCGUCGCCGUGGCCCCCGGGGGCCCGGCCGUAGCCCAGGAAAUGCAGGACAACGUGAAGAAGUGUAAGAACUUCCUGGCCACGUUGAUCAAGCUGGCGUCCCACAAUUCUCCUUCCCCCGAGACAUCCAAGAAUGUCAAGAGCCUGGUCCAGGAUCUGUUGGACGCCAAGAUCGAGCCCGAGGAGUUCACCAGCCGGCUGCAGGCGGAGCUCAAGUCGUCGCCCCAGCCCUACCUCGUGCCCUUCCUCAAGAAGAGUCUCCCGGCCCUGCGGUUGUCUCUGCUCAGCAGUCAGCAUUCGGUGCCCACCCCCCAGCAGGGAGUGAAGCCGGGGGUCUACCCCGGCCCCCCGGUGGCGGGGGGGGCAGCGGUCCGGGUCCACUACCCCAACAGCGUCGGACCGGCCACGGGGGCGGGCGGACUGGCGGCCGCACACACAGCCGGCGUGGGGAUGAAGAGAGGGGGCGUGUCUGGGGGACAGGUUCGGACGCCCGUGGCGACACCGUGUAUGAGAGCACAAGGUGCUCUGUGUAAGGGACUGGUCGGUGCCCAGACAGGCAGAGGCCCCGCGGGUAUGGGUCCACCGGGCUCCGGGAACCAGAAAAACAAGCCCAACGAUCCCGGGGGUGGUUCGUUCAGGGACGACGACGACAUCAACGACGUGGCUUCCAUGGCCGGGGUGAACCUGAACGAGGAGAGCGCCAGGAUCCUGGCCACCAACUCGGAGCUGGUGGGGACCCACAUCCGCUCGUGCAAAGACGAGGCCUUCCUCCACCCGGGGCUGCUGCACCGGAGGAUUCUGGAAGCAGCGAAGAGGUUUGGCGUGACGGAGGUGCCCAUGGACUCGGUGACGUUCAUCUCCCACGCCGCCCAGGCACGGCUCCGCACCGUCCUGGAGACGGUGUCCUCCAUCGCUCAGCACCGCCUCGACUCCUGCAAGGAUGAGGAGUGGUACGAGCCGUCUGCAGACGUGCGCUCCCAGCUCAGGUUCUUUGAGCAGCUGGAGAGGAUGGAGAAGCAGAGGAAGGACGAGCAGGAGAGAGAGAUCCUGCUGAAGGCUGCUAAGAGCCGGGCGAGGCUGGAGGACCCAGAGCAGGCCCGGCUGAAGCAGAAGGCGAAGGAGAUGCAGCAACACGAACUGGCCCAGACGAGGCAGAGAGAGGCUAACCUCACCGCUCUGGCCGCCAUCGGCCCCCGAAAGAAACGCAAGAUGGAUUCGGCGUGGGCCACGGCGUCGGGGAGCGAGGUGAGAGGACCCUCCACGUCCGGGCGGCGGAAGAGCUUUCUUAUGCGCUGACCACCUCUGAUCAGACACCUGAGGGAUCCUUCCUGUUUAGUGCCUGGUUAUGGCACGUUUAUUAAAGGGGACAUAUUAUGAAAACAACACUUUUCCUGGGAUUUGGGGUGUUGUUUUGGGUCUCUGGUGCUCCCGCACGCAUACAAACUUUGAAAAAAGUCUGUACAUGAUUUUUUCGAGUGAGAUAUGCAUUUAUGAAAGUAUCCCGCCUACAGUUAUCAAACGAGCGAGUCAGUUUCGGCGCCCCCUCCUACGUAGGAAGGGGGCACAGACUGUGCCCCCUUCCUGUGCCGCACAGUUGAACAUUACCUCCCACUUCCCCACUCUCCUCCAAUCAGGGCAUAGCAAAGAUUUUGUGGACCAGCGGACGAGCAGCUCCGGUGGGGGGCAGCCCUGCAGCUAAGCUCUAGGAGUACGAUCCCAUUCUCUCCGGAGGAGGAGGCAUGGAGGAGA